AUGGCUUUAGAGGAAUGUCGUUGGUUUGAUCAUAAGGAUUGGCAGCCUUUAUCAUCAUUGCUGCAGCAAGAAGAAGCAGCAGCAGCAGCAGCAGGAGGAGCAGCAGCAGCAGCAGCAGCAGAUAUGGAAUACUUCACUGAUCAUGAUGAGGCCUCGGACGCGGAGUUCGAAAGGCAGCAGCUGAUGCAGCAGCAGAAGCAGCAAAAGAACGAGCAGCAGCAGCAGCAACAGCAACAGCAGACGAAGAACAGCAGCAGCAAAGCGCAUGCACACAAAGACACAGAUGAGAAGCAUAAACAUGAAACGACAAAAAGCAAGAAAAAGGUGAAGGAGAAGACCUCCAGCAGCAGCACCAGCAAAAGCAACAGCAGCAGCAAAAGCAGCAGCAGCAGCAGCAGCAGCAGCAGCAGCAACAGCAGCAGCAGCAACACCAACGGGGAAACGGCUGCUGGAGAUGCAGCCCCUGCUGAAGGAAAGCGCAGCAAAAAACACAAAACAGAAGCAGCGACAGCAGCAGAGGCAGCCGCAGCAGCGGCAGCAGCAGGAGCAGCAGAGGCAGUGGAAGCAGCAGAAGCAGCGGCAGCAGCAGAAGCAGCGGCAGCAGCAGAAGCAGCGUCAGCAGCAGAAGCAGCAGCAGAAGGCGCAGCCGCAGAGAUCACCCGAGCAGCAAGAGAAGAAAAAGAAUUGCUGUUUCUGUUAGCAGCGGCAGCAGCAGAGGUCGCAGCAGAAGCAGCAGCAGCAGCAGCAGAGACCGCAGCAGAAGCGGCAGCAGUGGCAGCAGCAGAAGCAGCGGCAGCAGCAGAAGCAGCGGCAGCAGCAGAAGCAGCGGCAGCAGCAGAACCCGCAGCAGCAGCAGAGGCAGCAGCAGCAGCAGAGGCAGCAGCAGCCGAGGCAGCAGCAGAAGCAGCAGCAGCAGGAGUAUCAGCAGCAGAAGCAGCAGCAGGAAGCAGCACAGAGGACGGGGCCGACGGUCUCGCGGCCACCAUCGGAGGCGCAGCAGCAGCAGCAGCAGCAGCACACGUAGCAGCAGCAGCAGCAGAAGCAGAAGCAGCGUGCACAGGAAGAGGAGAAGGAGCCACAGCUCCGCAUCGAGGCCCCGUCACGGCAGCAGCAGCAGCAGCAGCAGAAGCAGAAGAAGCAGAAGAAGCAGCAGGAGCAGCAGGGGCAGGAGAAGAAGCAGCAGCAGGAGCAGCAGCAGAAGGCCGAUGA